AUGGACGAGAACGCAAAUAUAACCUCCCAAAUUCACAACAGCAAGAGGAGCGCAAGCAACGCCCUCCCUUUAAAACGUAAAACUGCACCUUCUAUUAAUAUUCCCAAGAAUGACGAGAUUGGACACGAGGUGAAACAAGAGGAUUUGGUGGUGCUUCAAAAAAUGAAAGACGCUUUGAAUGUUGCGUUGCUUAAAGACCAAAAUGACGUGUAUUCGUCUUCUGUGUCGAACAAUUCGAAAAACAUAGAUAACACCUUAAACGUCGUCGACAAUAGUCGAAAAAUUACAAAGAACAAUAAUGCGCUUGUACAAAUGUCAUCCUCUGUUAAUGCGAACAAUCUCGGCAAUCAGCAACGUCAAAAACCGUCAUAUCCAAACAUGUCCGAACGACGACGACAACAGCAUGAUGAUGAAAAUCCCGUGAUCGAUCCUCCUCAAAAUCCUCAACCAAAUGAUCCUGCCAAUGGAUUAAUUACAAACCAUCAUUAUAGGUUUCCCGGUAAAGAAAAUAUACCACCCGCAUUACUCGAGGAAUAUUAUCUCAUUUUCCAGGAACUGCAUGAGCAAGAACGAGUAAUUCGUGAAUGUGAAUCAAAUCCAGUCAGUAAUGACACGCAAAGACAAGAUCCCAAUGGUGAUUCUUCUAUAAAUCCUUCAUCAUCAUCCAAUAAUAAGAAGAAAGUGGUGACGUCAAAAAGGUCAACUAAAUCAAAGAAGAAAAGAAACACUAAGCGUAAAGCUGAUAAUGACAAGGAUCACAAUCUUAAAUAG